AUGGCUCUGCUGGUGAGGAUUGACAGGUUGGAAGUUGGAAGUGAUGGAGGUGGUGUGGGUGAUGCUGACUUGGACAGUCAAGAGAUGACAGACAGCACGAAGAGCCCAGUGCCUUUCCCGGUUUUCUUGCCUGUCAGCUAUGAGGUGCGGGACGCAGACUACUUUCUCCUGAAGGAGGCUGGGCAAGACUUCAUGAGGAACUCUAGCAUGCAGAGUCACACACAGCCCUUUGUCAUCUUGAGAGCCAGUCGCCAGCCAGCUGUUAAUGCAACUUAUGGUUCCAUGUCUACAGAGCAGCCUGUGCCCCUCGACCUUGUCCAGUCUGUGCCGCUCUUCAAUGCCCCAGGGGUCUUUACUUACAACUGGAAAAUCCAGUCCUUCGUGCUGACCCCAAGGGUUUUCUCCACCAAGCCCAAAGUGCGGGUGCUGUUCUAUGUGGCAGGAAGGGAGUGGGGCAGGGGUGAUGGGGCCACAGACGAGCUCCCCUGUGUGACAGUGUAUGCUUUCUGGCAAACACAGGAAGUGAGGGGAUCCUGUGCCAUGGGUGGGGAGAGGGGCACCUGCAUGGCCGAGCUGGCGCCUGUGCCAAGUUGGUUCGCUCCAGGGGCAGAGAGUACCAGUAGGGAGAGACAGGACCCAUCUGCUGGGAACCCUGUGGAGCUGUACUACCAGGCUCAGCCCAGAGUCAACGGGAGGUGUCACGUCUUGAAUGGAGGGCGCUGGGGCAGCCCAGAACAGCAAGCUGAGUAUGUUCCUCAGACCCCCAUGCAGAGGAUAGGCAGUGUACGUCUCCUCCAAGUGCCCAAAGGAAUGGCAACCCUCUCUCGACUCAAGCUUGGCAACGCCAUAGUUAUACGGACCUCUUCCAAACCUUUGAAGAAAACUGAUAUUGCCACCUUCUACAUACUCAUGGCCAGUUCUGCCCAGCUGCUCAACUUCACGCUACGAGCAACAGUAAAGAAAGGCGUGACCUUUCGGACGGCGACGCCCAGUAACUCUUUACUAUGGGACAUCACCCUGGAUAUAGGUGCAGAAGGGAUGAUUGCAGUGAUUUGUCAGAGGAAAGGGCCCAUACCUGGAAAAAGGCUUGACAGCAGCCUCGUGGAGGUGCUUCAGAUGGACUUUGAGGUGGAGGAGCUAAGCAGUCCACUUGACAGCCAGGUGAUUGUGUGGAAACUAGAGCUACCACCUGGUUCUCAGGACGUUACCAAGACGGAGGGAGCCAUGAGGAUCUACACCACACAGAGGGAUUUCGUCGGACUUGCCCCUCUCGUAAUGGACACAGAGAUUUUAAAUACAGCCGUACUGACCGGUAAGAAGGUGCUGACGCCUGUAAGGACAGUGGCGGUGGAGGAGGAUGGAGCGGUCACUGAUGUGUCCGACUAUGCAGACUGCAGCUCCACUGAUGAAGACGUCCUCAAGGUGUCGGACAGGUGUGACUAUGUUUUUGUCAAUGGCAAGGAGAUGAAGGGUAAGGUGAGGAUGCUGGUGAACUUCACUUACAGCUACCUGAGCGCUCAGCUGGAGCUCAACGUGUGGAUCCCGCGGCUCCCUCUCCAAAUUGAGAUGUCUGAUACUGAGCUGAGCCAGAUUAAGAGCUGGAGGGUGCCCAUAAUCACCUCCAAGCGGCCUGGCUGGAAUAGCGAGGAGGAGGACAGGAAAGGGAAGGGCUGCAUGCUACAGUUUCAGCAUGCUCUGGUGCGGGUGCUCACACACUUCACAGCAGAGCAGGCGGACCCUCGGGAUCCACAGGCCUAUUUCCUAGGCUCUGAUUGGCAGGUAGAUGUCACAGGGCUAGUGCGUUACUUCAUGAAGGUAGAGGACCCCCGUGUGGCCAGGCUGCAGGCAGGAAGGGUGCUGUCUGGACGAGACCUUGGGACCACUUCCAUCCAGGUAUUUUCUCCACUUUCUGACACAAUAUUGGCUAAGAAGACAUUCAGGGUCGUGGACGACAAAGUGACCAUGACAAAACUGGGGGUCCAGCUGGUCACAGGCCUUUCCAUGUCGCUGCAGCUCAGCCCUGGGAGCAAUAGGGCCCUCUUGGCUACAACAACAACUCAGGAGGUGUUGCAGCAGCCCAAACAGGAGGCUUUGAUUAGUGCCUGGGUGCAGUUCAGUGACAGCUCCCAGACACCUCUAGACAUUUAUGAUCCUGCCAACUACCGUGUGACCGUGACUUCUCUAGACGAGGGUGUGGUGUCUGUGCAGGGCUCCCCUGCGAUCGUGGUAGCAGAGGGUGAGGGACAGGGGGUCCUGGUCAGGGUUGAAAUGUCCAUUUGUGAGGCCUGCCAGAAGUCCAAACGCAAGAGCACCGUGGCUGUGGGCAACGGCACCCUCAAAGUCAAGUUUCAGGUCAACAGCCGGCGUCCGGAUAGCGCUACCAGCAGCACUGCAAACAACACCGUCGUCAGAAAUGGCAGCAGUGAUGGAGGAGGUGGACUGAACCGCAGUGGAAUCACUAAGGACCGCAGCAGUGACUCUGGGAAUGAUGGGGAAGAGGUGGGGGGUGAGAGGAAGCAACGCCAGCCUUCCCAGGAUCCCCCACCCAGCAGCUCCGACCUAGACAGAGAGGAAAGUGUGAUGCAAAAGGUCACGACCACCAUCAAAUCCACAGAACGUGCUAUCAUUACCAGUGGAAGUCUGGGUGGAGUGGGCAAGACCAGUGAUUCAGGAAACCCCAGCAGCCCUACUAGUGUGGUGAACGUCAGUAUGAUGAGCAACCCAAGGGACAGCAACAGGGCAUAUGGAUCAGAUGACAUGAUCGUGGAUGGCAUGGGCAGUGAUGGCUUUAGUAGCACUCUGAAGGCCCCUGGGAACCUAGUUAACUACAACUUUCCCCCGCAGGCGGAGGUCCCCAGGCAGGGACCAGUUGAGGUAGACAUAAGUGAUGAGGAAACACUGGCAAACAGACCUCUGACUGACUUGGAGAUUGGGAUGUAUGCCCUGUUAGGGGUCUUCUGUCUUGCAAUCCUGGUCUUUUUGGUGAACUGUAUCUCAUAUGUAGUGAAGUUCAGACACAAGAAGCCGCCUUCUUAUGGCCAGGAGCCCACAGGACACAGACACGACUGGGUGUGGCUGGGCACAGAUGCUGAGCUGGUGAUGAGUGUGCCAGGAAGUCCUCUGCAGCAGGACAACCACACGGCCACCACAGUGAUCGACAUCGGGCCCGACAAGACCGCUUCUCUAUCCAGGAGGCCUAGUUGCCUGACCUCUGUCACAGACUCUCCCCUGAGCUGCGUGGGCUCCCUCAGGAACAAGCCCAUGCAGACCGAGUCCGUCCACUCACCCACCAGCAAGAGAAAGAGGGUCCAGUUCACCACCUUCUCCACUCUGGACCGCCAGCAGCACUCCCCAAAUAUCAUGCACAGGGAAAAUGGCCACGGCAUUCACUGGGUUGGGAAAGACAGUCACGAGGAGGAACCCCAAGUGCCCAUCACAGAGCCCGAGGACCAGUUAUAA